CUCUGUGUUUGACAUCAGUCAAACCGAAGACAGGAGCUAUUUCUCAGCUGAUGAAAAAAUGGAAAAAGUUAGAAAAAGUAUUGUAAAUAACGGGAAAUUUUACUAAAUUUCACAAUGGAAUAAAUUAGUAUUGCAAUGGUGUACUAUCAGUGUAUUUAGGACACUCAAAAGUCUUAUAAACAACUGUAAUUUCCACGAAGCGAAGCUGAUGAAGUAAUACGUAUCAGUAAAUUUGAUUUAUUUCUUUACUAUACUAUUAAUAUGGGGAAAACUAGCAAGGUUGUGAUCUGCGGUAUGCGUGGCGUUGGCAAGACGGCGAUAUUGGAGCAGCUGAUCUAUGGAAAUGUGAAUCUGAAGUCCUCCUUUUACCCAACCAUUGAAGACAUCUACGUCGCUAACAUCGAAACGGACCGUGGGACGAAGGAACGGGUGUGCUUCUACGACACAGCUGGACUGGAACCACCGCUCACAGGUAUUUAUCAAGGCCCCCCGCAGUCCCCGACGAUGCAGCUCACUGCCAACCAGGUGCUGCAGCGGCACUACCUGAACUUCGCCGAGGGCUACAUCAUGGUCUACGACUCCACCAAGCCCGAGUCUCUGGACGUGCUCAUGUACUUAAAGAAAGACAUUGAUAGAAAUAAGGAUAAGAAAGAGGUUGUAAUGCUGGUCAUAGGCAACCGCACUGGCCCCGAUGACAUCAACAGCCUCGAAAACUCAUGUUCCAAAGCUGCCAACUGGUGCUCAAGAGAAAAGAUCCGCCACUUCGAAGUCACUGCCAUGGACCGGGCAUCUCUGUAUGAACCUUUCAUAUUUCUAACUUCAAAACUCAAUCCGGUACAAAACAAGACCGCAUUUCCACAGCUGAGCACGCUCAGCAAAUUGACUCAGAAGAAUAACAGGAACGACAUGUAACAGUACGUCUUUAAUCUGUGUCCCUUCUGCACCCAGCCUUAGUUACUUGCGGUAUAGAAAUUUAUGGGAAUACAUGCUGGAUUUGUGGGUUUUAGUGACCAGACCACCAUGUCAUAUUGCACUGCCAAAGGAUACUUAGCUCCUGGAGCCAUAGCAUGGAGCGCAGGACAAGCUGUGACAUAAUUUAUGCGCGAUAAAUUAUUCGUGAGAGAACAACCGAAACCUACAGAUAAUACAGUAUGUAUUUCAAUCUACCGCUUGUACCUUCGGGGUUGAUCACUUCAUAAUCUCACUGUCUGUUCAGUUGCUGUUCUUAUUAUUAUUAUUUUAAUUAUUUGGUUCCUGAUUGACAUGACAAUAUUUGUCCGCUAUGAAUUUUAUUAUUUGACUUUUAAGUUUUAACUUGUAUUAAUUUAGCUGUAGUUAGAAAAAUCAGGGUAGAUAUAAAAAGCAUUUUAUUCACACUGCAUACUGUGCAUAAUAUAAUUUUUCGUCAUAUAACGCUUAUACAGGAUGUCCCACCACCACGCCACCUGAAUGGGAAAUAGUACUUAUGUAUGUUAAAUACUGAAAUUAGGGCAUAUCACUGAAAAUAAGAAAACAAUACAAACUGCAUUCAAAGAAUUUGACAUAAAAGCAUGGCCCAGAAAUCAAACCCGAAAAUGUAAAUAAAAAUAUUCCACUUUUUAAGUUAGAAAACAUAAAACUUUAAUUUACUCACGUAUUUGAAAUGUACUUAUGUAAUUCCUAACUGGCUUGAAUCUCAGUAGUUUAUUUAUUUCAAUAGAAUUAGUUGCUAGCCCCAUUCUAAAAUAUACUUUAUAUCAUCUCAUGAUGCAUUGAUAAAUAAAAGGGGCAUAGAUUAAAAUAUUAGGAAACUACCUCCGAUGGUAGACUUAUGAAGUAUUAGAGUAGGUGACUGAUUAUUUUCUUGUGUUUUUC